AUGGUAUUAAAUGGCAGAGCAGUUAAGAAGGAACAACAAGACACAGAGGACAAAAAAAAUACCCAAAAGAAAAAAGUUAAAGAACUAAAAGUGCUGGAUGGCAAAACAGCUCAGAAUUUGUCAAUCUUCUUGGGUUCUAACCGUAUGCCAUAUGACCAAAUAAAAAGAAUGAUCCUUGAAGUGGAUGAGAAAACUCUAACAGAAUCGUUGAUCCAGAACCUUGUUAAGCAGCUUCCUACACAGGAGCAAUUGAGUGCUUUACUUGAGCUGAAGGACGAAUACAAUGAGCUGUCAGAACCAGAACGUUUUGGAGUAGUGAUGAGCUCUGUGACCCGCCUGGAAUCCCGUCUGAAUGCAAUACAAUUCCAGCUGCAGUUUGAGGAGCAAGUUAAUAACAUUAAGCCUGAAAUUGUGUCAGUGAAAGCGGCCUGCGAGGAAGUGAGAUCCAGUGAAAAUUUUUCCAAGUUAAUGGAAAUCAUCCUUUUGAUAGGGAACUUCAUGAAUGCAGGAUCGCGGAAUGCUGGAGCAUUUGGAUUCAACAUUAGCUACCUUUGUAAGUUGAGGGAUACGAAAUCAGCUGAUCAGAAGAUGACACUGAUGCACUUUUUAGCUGAAACCUGUGAAGAACAGUACCCUGAAGUUAUUCACUUCACUGAAGAUCUAAACCAUGUGGAAAAAGCAAGUCGAGUUUCAGCAGAAAUGCUGCAGAAGAAUCUGGAACAAAUGGGGAAGCACAUCACUAGACUGCAAAAGGACCUUGAUAGUUUCCCACCAUCCAACGACGAGCAAGACAAAUUUGUAGAGAAAAUGUCGAGUUUUAUAACAGGUGCAAAAGAACAGUUUGAAAAAUUAUCAGAUAUGCAUAAAACCAUGGAGGAGGACUUUGAAGAUCUUGGGCGAUACUAUAUCUUUGAUUCUAAGAAAGUGACAAUUGAAGAGUUCUUCGGGGACCUCAGCAACUUCAAGAAUAUGUUUUUGCAAUCAGUCAUGGAGAACAAGAAACGGAAAGAAGCUGAGGAGAAGAUCAAAAAAGCCAAACUCGCCAAAGAAAAAGCAGAGAAGGAGAGGCAGGAGAAGCUGAAAAAGAAUGCCAUCAUUGACAUAAAUGCAGAGGGUGAUGAGACCGGAGUGAUGGACAGUCUAAUGGAGGCUCUUCAGUCAGGAGCAGCCUUCAGACGGAAGAGAGGUCCUCGGCAGGCAGCUAAUCGAAGAGGCAAUGCUAUGACGUCUGUUCUUGCCAAAGAACUCACCAAGGAUGAUGCCAUCAGUCAAACUGUAAGUAAAAAACAGAAGAUGAUGGCGGAAGAGAAAAAUACCGUGCCACCAGUGGAAAAGGAUGAGAUGCUGGAAGACAUUCUCACUCGCUCCAACUAAAUCCAUAGGAAGUAUCUGGAAUUUAAAAUACAGUGCCAUAAAGCCAAUGUUUUGGCAUGAUGCUUGUUUAAACUCUGAGUCUGAAUGUGCUACAGUUGAAUUUUUUUUUCUGGACUACUUGUAUCUCACCUGGAAACAAUGGCACUACCCCAAGAGUGCACAGGUGAUUUUUCUUUAUGUAGAUUUAAAACAGAUUGUGAGGAUUUGAAUGGUUGAGAUGCCAAUGCAUAAUACAGUUUCUAAAUAUUGGUUUUAGCAAUGCUGCGGUGCAGAUUUUGUCUUGAAGAGCCAGAAUGGUUUUCCAUUGGUUAUUUGUUUUCACCUUUACAACAUAUCAUUGAUUUCCAUCUUUGCAUUUUAUUCUUGACUGGUUACUGAGAUUUAAACAAAAAAUUGCACAUCAACCUCACGGGCCACUUAAAAUAAAUUGCUAGGUCUCGCUAUGCACAUUAUUAAUAUUGUACAAUAUUUUAGUUUGAUUGUGACUGCUUCCUGUAUCAUAGACCACAAGUGGAAAUUAAUAUUGUACACAGUAUAAAACCUGAUAAUGCAUUGAAGUGUGAAUUAAGGUAUGAAUAGCUCAUAACGAGUUAUAAUGGGGGAAAAAGAACAAAUCUGUUUAUGUGGACAGCUAAAAUGCUUUCACUAUUAAUGACAGUCAGAAUGUUACACAGCAGAAACCAGAUUUGUUUUAGCAGUUUUCAAAAGUAAGCUGGAAGAUAAUCUUUAAGUAUUACUGCUUCUCCAUUAAUACUUUUCUCUCAACCCUCUUCUCACUUAGUUUGUUGUCAUGGGACAGACAAUUCGUAAAUGGUAUCUGUUUCUUGCUUUUGCACAUUGAUUUUCUUAGAACUGCUCAGUGCACAACAUGGGAUCAUUUCCACUGUGCUAAAGAUCACAAGUUGGAACUGUUAUGGUUGACAGAGGGAGGAAUAAUAAAUGUUCUGGUGCCAAAAGGGGAGAUACUACCUUAAAUUCCAGUGGUUAAAUCAUUAUUUCAUUCAAAUGUAGUAUAGGAAAACCUUUUCUAGUGAUUAGUCAAGUUUAAUUUAAUGUUCCAAGCAGUUCCCUCUAGGUGUUCUUCUUGCACCUUUUUAGUGGUGAAAUCUAAAGGACAGGCAGCUCCUGAAGUACUAUUGUUUUCCUAUGUGAUAUAUCAUCAGAUUCAUCCAAAUGAAAAUUUAUUAAAGCAUGAUUUCUGCUCCAUUUGUUAAUGCUAAGUACCGUCUUUAACAUCCUGUCAAGUUUGAAGAUUUUCAUGCGGACAAGGAUUUUUUUUAGACAAACUAUAAACAUAUCUAUUGUUAAGUUGCAAUUCUCAAGACUCCCUGCAAAAAUAUUAUUGGAUCUUCAAGGACCAUUCCUCCCUCCACGGACAAAAACUGCAGAUCCACGUUGUGGGUGAUUCCUAAUUGGGAAAUGGAAAUGAACCAGCAAAAUUACCUCAUAAAUGCUGAUUAUUAGGAAACAGCUAAAAGGAGACUGGAACUGAAGGAAACUGAACUGUAAGGUGUGUUUAUUAUUUAUCCAAAACAGUAUCAUUGCUAUGAAUAUUUUUUUGGUAAAGUUUUAUCAUGUCCAAUUGAGGUUGAUCAAUAAUAGAUUGCACAGGAGCAGCUGCUAAUGAAUUUGAGGUGGACUUGAAGUCCCAAUUGAAAUAAAGUACUGCUGUAUCUGUUCUAUUUUAAUCUCUGCUGAGACCCAUUUAACUGAAGUAACGGGGUUGUCUUCAGAUUCAUAGGAUUUUACUACUGUAAGUGUAGACAAACUUUGGGGCAUUUAUUGCCAGAUGUAUUUGCUGUGCCUGUCUUUUUCUGUUAUAUAUAACAUCUUUGAAAAUAUUCUUUGAGCAUUUGUAUGUUCAUAUCACAUGACCUAUUAACCACCACCUUCGAGUAGAAGAAAUUCCUACAGAAUUUAUUUUUUAUAUAAAAAGAACUGAAGAAAUUGAACCUUUGUGCUUAAGAGAAUCUUCCUAUAUUUUAAAUAAACGUACACUUGAGCUAUUCUGGCUGAGGGAAAAAAGACAUUAAAUAUUUUGCCAAGGAGUUGUUGUGUUGCAAACAGCCACUGCCUACUAACUUCCACAGACUAAUUCUAUUUCUUGACUGUGUUGUCAUCCAGAUAUUAGCAACUGAAGCUAUUUCACCAUCGCUUGCACCAGUUUAAGUGACAUUCCUUCCAUUAACAAAUAUCUAUGUUUGCGCUCUUUUAUAAAACUGAUGUAUUUGAAAACAUUUGCAAAUAAUUUUUAAAAAUCUCUGAAAAAUGGUUGAUGUAGCAGUAGACAACUAAAAGCCAGUCUUGCAUCAUUUCCCACUAGGCCUGUGCAACAAACCCAACAGAUUUCGUCACCUUUCAUACAGGUUCACUGAUCAAGUACCAUAGAUUUCCAUUACCUCUCCGAGGUCACUAGGAAAAGAGAGGCCAGUACCGGAGUAAUAAGACACCUUUUGACUCAGUGCCAAUGGUUAUGAAACACUUGGUCAAGUCUGACUUGAGCAAAUUUAAUUGUUUCAUACAAUUCCACAAGUAGAUGCUGGUUUGAAUAAUAGUCAAUGUGAAUAGUCAAUUUAAUACCAAAUGUAGUAUUUGAGAACAGAUGCAAAUGAAAUUUCUUCCCCAUUUUUGAUCAGUUCUAUUUGCUAGGUAACUUGUAUUGUCAUGAAAUAAUUUUUCCCCCAAAUUGAAACAACUUCAGUAUUGCCUCUUGAUCCUCGGUGUACUAAUCCAUGUUUAGAUGGACUUACACUAUGAAGUUUCAUCAGCACUUGGAAUAAUGUUUUCAUAAAUGUUACACAGUCCUUGGGAAUCUGGACUUUACAUACAUAUUUUCUCUGCCACUGUCCAAAUCAUGGCCCUCUUAGCUGCUGUGUGAUUUCUGAAGCUAAUGUGUUAAUUCUGUGCCAGUAUCUUUGUUCCUAUUUAGGUCAGGACAGUGUCUACAGCCUUGCUGUCCAGAUAAUCAGGUGAUGCACUUGGUACUAUGGCAACCUGGAGUUUCCAACCUGGGGUCCACUUACCCCUUGCUUAAUGGUAUUGGUCCAUGGCAGAUCACCCAAUAAUAAUAUAAUUGAGCAAAUGUUUACAAAUGGAUAUCAGGUGCUACGAAAUUGGUGCAUAUACUGUUCAUUGUGCAUGUUUUAUCUUCACGUCUGUGGGAAGCUGAUGGUGUUGUUGAUAUCUAUGUAUCAGCAGCCAGGUAUGAUUAUUAACAGCACAUCUGAUGCAGUGGUUCUUAUAAUAACUAGAUUCUGACAGAAUCUAUAGAUCACUAUGUAACUGUGCAAAUGGAAGUACACUGGCUUCUAUCAUAAUAAGUCUUUAUGCACAGGAGACGUUCAGGAAUGGUGUUUUCUCAGGGUGGAUUAAACCAUAGUGCAGAUUACAUCAGGAUUACUCCCUUUCUGUUUAAGGUGGUCCUGCUCCAUUCUGAAAGGUGUUAGUAUGUGCAUUUAGCAACGGCAGUCCUUACAGCACCUUUGCCAGGUCUAGAAAUGAGCGAAUCCUGCAGCAAGCAUUAGCACUAAGUUUUUGUGUUACCCCCAAGACCUCUACACACUGAUCACAGGAUUUGCCAGACUGCAUCAAGAACCUGCACUAAGUGAUGUGAAAGUCCUGCUGAAACUUAGGAAUCUGUAAAUAUAGCUGUGGUUCUUGAGUUCUUGAGUUAAAAUGUUCUUAAGUACUUUAGGAUAGAGGUAACCAUAAGAAAGUGUGGUAUAAAAAUAAGAAUCUCAGUAUAAUUCCAAAUGUGUUCAUUAUGCAGGUGGGUGCGGCAGGAAGAAACCUUAGACAACUUUUUAAUCAUUCUAAUUGUUGCUCUUUGAAAGAGCAGAACUAAGUGCAUUUCAUGUAAGUGAGAGUCCUGUAGGUUUAUACAUUUACUUACUGCUUAUUCACUAAUAUAGAUUGUAGAUAAUUUCACAUCAUGGUUAUGUAUUAUUGGUGCCUGGGCUGGCAUUAUUUUAUUGCAAUUAAAGAUCUGCAGAGGAUUAAUCAUUCCUUCUUAUAGAGUUUAAAUUGUUAUUUAACUUCCUACAUCUAUUUCAUAAUAUGCAAAUUAUUUAAAUCUGCUUAUACCAGCUCUUUUUUUCUGAACAUGCAUAAUCUAGCAGAAGUUGCUGGUCAGCUGAUUAUGAAUUUUUAUUGCUUUUGAGAAAGAAUGUCACAUUCCCAGUUUGUGGAUUUUUUUUGGUAUUUAAGAUGACCACAGUGUUGUGAAUUUUAUUCUCCCGUCUUAAUAUUUUAGAAUCAUGGUUCAGGAAAUUAUCCUGUGUAGAACAAGCUAUGUUUCCAAGGAAACAACCAGAUUGAUGUUAUUUCUUGGCACUGUAAUCAUAUAAAGAUUAGAGUUACAAAACUGAAAGCAGGUUUACGAAAAAUGCACCAAGUGGCCUUGUAAUUCAUUAGCCAUGGCGGAGGAGUUAGAGGGGUUGUGAGGAGGAAUGGAACUCUGAAUUAUUUUCUGCAGGCAUGUACCUCUCUGUUCCAUGUCUCUUCCUACAACUAAAAAGCAUUCAAUGGAAAGUUAAUGCAGUGUGAUUAAGUAAUGUAAUAGUAGUGACUGGAUGAUAGAGUUAUGUAAACUGCCCAAGAAGUCACUGCUCCCGUCAUCAGCUUUGGAGUGUGGUUCUCAAUAUUACUAAGAUAUAGCAUCAAGACUACAUGUUAAGAUAUCUAAUUGUUAUUUGGGUCCAAUUGAAAAGAAAAUUCAUUAGGAACUAGAUAAUAUAAGCAAUUAUAGCAUUUCCAAAUGCUUUAUUAUUUGUCCAGGGGUAACAUGUGCAGAUCGAUUUUCAGUGUUAUGUUACUCAGGGAUAUUAUAUAUAUAUAGAAGUAUUUGUCAAACCACUUUUUUUUUCUUUAUAAUGGAGAUUGUCUCUUUACACUUUGGCUAGAAGUAAAUUUGCAGGUCAGAGAGGAGACUGAUAACUGGAAACUCCCACAAGGAUGCUCUAUGUAUCAGUAAUAGGGCUAGUUCCUUUCCAUGUUACCUUGUCACAUUACCACUGGAAUGCAAGGGUUAAAUGUGCAUUAUUUGUCCUUUGCACUGUCAAUGGAACUGAAAGUUAAAUGAAUGUCUGUUUUGUAAAACAACUUGGAAGUAGUUGUUCAGAAUGUUUGCGAUAAGAAAAGUAAGCCCUCAUACAUUUGUGUCUUUGGACUACACAAUCAGAUGUAAGAAGUCGUUGCAAAUAAUUUUAGAGUGCAGACACAAAGGCUAUAUGAGCCAAAGCUGAGACUCUGCUAGGAUUGUUUUGAAAAUGGCAAUAUAAAAUAUAUUGUUUCUUUUUCUCGGAAGAAUUUUUUUAAUAGCAAUUCAUUUCGUUUUGUGUUGAAACAUAAUUUUAUCAAAUGUGUGAUUCAGAUUGUAAAUAAAGAACUAUU